AUGCAAUUCUCUGGAUUUUCUGCCGUUGUGGCACUGUCGCUCACUGGCUCCACAAUCGCAUCUCCCUUUCUGGCGAGAGACUUCACAGCAGGUCUCCAGACGCGACAGCUUGCAACAUGCCGAACUAAAGUGAUGGCUGAGCAAAGUGCCUGUGUCAAAGGCAUCCCUACAACUUCUGAUGGAACAGUGGAUACCCAGAGCAUACAAGACUGCACUUCUACUGCUUUGAAAGGCUUCAACACCUGUGUCGGCGCAAGGAAGCGUGAUGAUGCUAGCCUCGAUGCCUGCGCGGAUGCUGUUAUUGAAAAAGAGGCAGUCUGUUUAGAGGCUGCUGGUACAGAUCAGAAGAAAGUUUCGAAAUGUUCCGGGGACGCAUACAGGGGUUUCGUCGCCUGUGUUUGA